AUGCAAUAUUACAAAUGUGAAUCGGACGAAUCAAGUGACUCUAGCUUUAAGUGGUAUGAGUUGGCUUGGAAAGCCAAAAUUCCUGAGUAUAAAUUUGGUGUUAACGAUUCAGAUGCUGAUAAUAUGAUAGAUGAAGCAUGA